UAAUACUUCAGUUACUUGUUUUUACUUUGAGCGAAAUAUUUCUGUUUUCUUGAUAUAGUGCGCAAUAUAUAACUUAUACGUUUACAUGAAAAUAUAAAACAAAGUAAUAAUCUAAUGUACUGCUAAGGACAUGAAAUUUCUAAUGUUGAUCACAGUAGCAGUUGUGUGGCUAAGAUGUACGGAUGCUGAAUGUCCAGAUACAGUACAUCCUGGAAUCAAAGGUUUUGGACCAGACUGUAAAUAUAGAUGUAACUGUAAGAACAAGGUCCAGUGUGACGAGGUAACUGGCGAUUGUCAAAAUGGUUGCUUGUUUGGAUGGAUGGGACCAGGAUGCCAAUACCGGAAUCUUGUAACCGCAUCCAUUGGUACUGAACAGUAUUAUAGAGCGGUUGACGAAACCCACUGGGCAAAUAGAGCAAUAGAUGGAGAUGUGAACACAUGCAGCAGUACAGACUCUCGACGAUUUGGAGACCCAACACAACAAUGGUGGCGUCUUGAAUUAUCGACUGAGUUUUAUAUCGUUGGAUUAGUCAUCAAGAUUCGGGACUCAGAUAAAGCAAAUUUCCGUGGAUUCUUUGUAGAAAUAGGAAACACUACCAAUAACUAUGAUGUCUGCUAUCAACACGCAGCCGGUACCGACGGAGAAGUUGUUAUGAAUGUGAAUUGUGUUAGACCAAUUAUUGGCAAAAUAGUGGAAAUCAAACUAGAAGAAAAUAUACCACAGCCUUUAGUUCUGUGUGAAGUAGAACUAUUUGGAGGUUUGGUUUUAUUUGUUUUAGCAAGCAUUUGGGAAGAAAUAAGCGAAUCGAAGCAUCUAGCUUUCCUCGUGGUGAAAGUAUUGCUGUGGGUGCCAUUUAUUUCGAAAUAAUACUAGAGUUCUUUAUUAAAUUAACGCAGCUGUACUUUCAGCUUUAUUUUUCAUUACACUACUUAGAUCAAAGCUCAACGAACAACAUCAUCAAAAUAAUACAUUUUAUUCCUGGAUGAAAAUUUCUCAAAAAAUCAAUCGUGUCUUGUAUUAUGAGUUUAGACUUUGCCUAUUCAAAAUGUUUUAGUUUUAAGGUAAUUUAAUGUUAUGUUGAUAUCAA